AUGCGCGAACGCGACCUCCGCAAACAAGCUCUCGAAUCCGGCAAAACCGUCUCCCGCGCCGCCCGCUCCAAACUCACCACCCCCUCCUCCAGCCGCGCCAAUAGCGCCACCCCGUCCCGUGUCGGGUCCCGCCUCCCAUCCCGCAACGCCUCGGACGACGACGAGGACGGAUUGAGCGAUACCACGCAAUGGAGCACGGCCAGCAUCGAUGAGAUGAUCUCGCCUCCUGGCGGUGGCGAGGAGCUCGAGGGGGAAGGCACGGAUGCCUGGGUGGGGGUGUUGGAGAGUCAGAUGGAGGAGAUUGUGGAGAGGAAGCGGAGUUCGGCGCAAGGGAGGGAGGAGGCGCUGCGGAUGUUUUGUGCGCUGGUGACGAGACACUAUGCUGCGGAGCAAUUGAAGGGGAGGACGGGGGAGUUGGUGGCGGCGAUGUUGAAGAGUGUUAAGGGGGCGGGGAGUGGAAAGGAGGUUGUGCUUGCGCUGAAGGCGUUGGCGUUGGUCGUUGUGACGGAGCCGAGUGAUGAGGUGUAUGAUGCUCUUUCUGGUCCGGUAAAGACCUGUAUUUCCGACUCGGCGUUCCCUGCGGCGAAAGUGGCGGGAUUACGUUGUCUCAGCGUCGCGACAUUUUACGGCGGUGCCACGCUGGAGGAGACGGAAGGCGUGAUGGAAUUUCUCCUGGAUGUCGUUUCUUCGGAUGGUGCGGUGGUGGGCGAGAUGGAUGAUAGUGCUAUCGUUACCGCGGCGAUUGAGGAAUGGGGGUUCCUGGCGACGCAGAUGGAGGAUCUGGAAGAGGGGACGGAGACCGCGAUGGAGACGUUUGUCGAGCAGUUGGAGAGUGCGAGCGCGGAGGUGCAGAUCGCGGCGGGCGAUUGUAUUGCACUGUUGUACGAGAAGAGUUAUACCGAUGCCGAGUCUGACGAAGAACCCGCCGAAGAGGACGAAGACGAGGAUCAGACAAACGGCCACAAUCAUGGUCCGCGGAUGGUGAAGCGCUACACGGUCUACAGAAACCUCCCCCAGCUCCUCUCGACCCUCACCGCCCUCUCCAAACUCUCGUCCAAACACCUCUCAAAGAAGGAUAGGAAACAACUCCAUAUUACUUUCUCCGACAUCCUAACUACAGUCGAGAAACCCACCCGCGGCCCACGAUACAGCACUGCGCUGGAUGAGGAGGGGAGGGAGAUGGGGAGUCGGUUGAAAGUCGCUGUGGGGAGAGGGGGCGGUAGGAUGACCAUCGAUAAGUGGUGGAAGUUGCAUCGGUUGCAUGGGCUGAAGAGGUUGUUGGGGGAGGGGUUUUUGGUGCAUUAUGCGGGGAAUCAGGUGGUUUUUGAUAGUUUGCCGGUUUUUGUUGAGGAGUGA